AUGAUAACCCCGUCGCCUACCCCGUCACCCGCCGAUUCCAAAAAGUGCACACCUGCAUCCCGGAAUACGACGUCUGCAAUUCCGACAAUUCCGACUGCACAACAGUGUACUCUACGCGGACGUAUAAUUGGUGCUCAGCGGUGGUGGAAAGGUCGUCGUCGCUGCCGGCAAUGUCCUGUGUACAAGCUACCGUCACCAAGUAACUUAUGCCGUUUCGUACGGGGAUUGCAGCAAGGGCAAGUACUCCCGUGUCCGCAUUGAGAGCUGUCCGGAAGGCCAUGAUCGGGAGUGCGAGGUUUGGUACGAGAAGUGGGUGGAGCAAGUCUACGAGGAAGAGGAAGUGGUGCGCAUCGUGCCCGUGACUGUCAAUACCUACUGUCCGAAACCCUCCACCAUCAUCUAUGCCGGGAGUACGGUUACGGUCUUGGAGGUAGCGACGACGGUGGUGUUUGUCACGCAGAGCAGGGUUACUAGUACUGUUACGGUUACAAGAUUGAGCACUACUACUGAUACUGCUGUGAGCACUCUCGUCCUGGGUGUGAAUGAUCGAUUGACGCUAGUGGAGCGUGAGACCGCAUAUGCUACACCCGGAUACUACCCCAAUCCUCCCACCAAACCCCAACCUCAGCACCAACCUCUACAGCAAGGCAUUUCUCCCCCACAAACUACCGCCCAACUACCCCAACCCUCCACUGCUGCAUUGGGAUGGAAGCCGCGGGCAUAG